GGGUUUACCAUAUAUGGUAAGGGCGUUUCACCAGACGCACGUUACGUAAUCGCUGCGUCACCUCCGCUUCUUCCUUUCACGUCCGCUCGCGUAACAUGGCGCCGAUCAAACAGAAGAGGCCGACAGUCGGCAAGAAGUCCAAGAAGGGAGCUGGAUGGAAGUUCACCUUGGACCUGACCCACCCUGUGGAGGACGGGAUCCUGGACUCUGCCAACUUUGAAACCUUCCUCAAAGAGAGGAUAAAGGUCAACGGGAAGACGGGGAACCUCGGUAACAUCGUCCAGGUCGGCCGCAUGAAGAACAAGAUCAACGUCUCGUCUGAGAAGCAGUUCUCCAAAAGGUAUCUGAAGUAUUUGACUAAGAAGUACCUGAAGAAGAACAACCUCCGUGACUGGCUGAGAGUGGUGGCGUCUGACAAGGAGACGUACGAGCUGCGUUACUUCCAGAUCAGUCAGGACGACGAGGAGUCGGAGACAGACGAGUAAACUGCUGCAGCAGAGCGCCGCAGCUGUCUGUGUGUCAGCAGCUGGAGCAGGACGGGAGAAUAAAUGUGGAGAAAGAACAUUAAA